AUGAAAAAUCAAUCCCAAAUCCCUCAUUCAUUAUCUCCUAGGAUGAACCCAAAAAGACUUUUGCUGUUGAACUCUAGCAAAUUCGAUCACAAGCUUCCUCCUAUAUCACUAACACCUGGCAGAAGACCCAAAUAUCUAAUUCACUCCUUCCGUGAGCGAACAAAAUAUUUGUUCGCUUACAGAGAGCUCGAUUUUUUUUGUUGAUAAAAUUUAUAUAUAAUAUAGUACAUUUUUUUCUCAAAAUUUAAAAAAUCAAUUCGAAAUAAUUUUAAAGCAAAUAUUAAUUUAUUUGUGAAAUUUAUGUUUUUAAAAUUCAAAUUGUUUAAAAUUAAACAGAAUAAGCUGAGAUUUCAUUAUAUUAAUUAUCUCUCAUAUGUUAACACAUUUUUUUCACAAAAAAAUUUAUAUUAAAAUUUAUUAAAAAUCUUUCGUUUACUCACAGAGGGUGAGCUUUAAAAAAAAAAAUGGAUUUUUCCAAUAGCUUUGUUCACUCAAGGAAGAGUAAACAAUUUUGAAGAGCUUAAAAAAAUGACUGAUGCUUUCGAAGAAAAUAAACUAAAUCAUAGCAUAACUGCGAAGCCAAUAAAAAUAUUUAAAUUUGACCAUAAGGAAAUCCCUCCUGAGCAAAUCCCAUGAUCAUCAAAUUUAAUGAAUUGGAAAUCCGUACUUGAAGAACAAAAAGAGUUCGUCGUUAUGCUAAAGAAAAUCGAGCUAAGCAAUUGGGUAUUAAAGAAAACGAAGCAAAUAAAAUAG